AUGGGAUGGCGCACGCGCCUCAGAGUUCGGCCCUACUACGGCGACGGGGAGCUGCUGAGCCCCGGGGAGAUCGUGGGCUACCGGUUGGAUCUGCCAGGAGGCUUUGUGCACACAGGUAUCCACCUGGGCCCGGGGGGCGCGAAUCUCAGCAGCUGCUGUGGUGCGGACUGCUUGGACGGGCACCACUACGUCAUCGAAUUCUCCGGGCCUACUCGUACCAGCGGGUUCCCACAGAGCUCGGUGGCUGGCAGGGUCUCGUCGGGCCUGGGCUCCCAGAACAUUUGGAUCACCGCCAUGGAGCCGGAGACGGAGUGGCUCUCCUUCGAGCUGCUCUCGGAGGAAUUGGGCCCACCAUUCUCUGGGGAGGAGACUGUGAAGCGCGCGCUGUCCAAAGUCUCCACACCCUUUGGUGGCUACGAUGUGGUGAGGAACAACUGCCAGCACUUCGCCGUGUGGGCCAAGUACGGCAAGAGGAGGAUGAUGCUGGCAGACGAGGGCAAGAUCACCUUGGCGCGCCAGGUGGGCGCAGCUGGCCUGGGUUUGCUUCCACCACCCUGGAGAGCCAUCUCCUGGUUUGCAGGGCUCCUCAAUCUUGCCUCUGCCGAUUUCAGCGGCACGCAGUUUGGGUCCCGCAUCCAAUUUCAGUGA